AUGAAUGAAGCUUCUGGAGGCUUCAUCUCGGUACAUGGUGGCAACAUCGCUGCACCCUCCCACCACCACCAGGAGAUGAAGAGAGCACCUGAUUCAGAUCAACUGUGCACUUGUAUAAGAUGUGAAGAUGCAGAGGGAAAUUCCACUGCUGGAGCUGAAGGGGAGAUAGGCUGCAACCAGUUUAGCAACCAGGUGGAACCGAGGAUCAGAGUUAACCACAGAGAAUACAGACAUCUCCUGGCUUUUAUCUUUGCUAUUGAUGAGAUAAACAGCAGUCCAGAUAUUCUGCCCAAUGUGACUCUGGGAUAUCAUGUGUAUGAUUCUUGUGGAAAUGUGAAUAAAGCCACAAAAGAUGUUCUGCAGAUCUUAUCUGGACAUUCCAAGACAGUUCCAAAUUAUUCCUGUAUGGUGCGGGGUACAGUGGCUGGUUUCAUCGGAGACCUCAAAUCAGAUACCACUCUCCAAAUGGCUCAGCUUUUACAUCUAUAUGGUUACACACAGAUUAGUUAUGGAGCUAGAGAUACUUUACUAAGUGACCGGAAGAUGUUUCCAAACCUUUUCCGGACAGUUCCAGAUAAUGAGAUGCAAUAUGUGGCGACAGUGAAGUUACUGAAAAGGUUGAAGUGGAACUGGGUUGGCAUCAUUACAUCUGAUGAUGAAUAUGGAGAGAGGGAGAUCCAACAACUCAGCAAACAGUUAACUAAUCAUGGAAUUUGUAUUGAAUUUAAGAUCAUGGUAUCUGUGAAGAAUUAUAGGAAAAUACCUCUAGAUCUUCUGACAUCAACUACUGAAGUAUCCCGCUAUGUAUCUUCAGUUCACUACAUGGAUCCAAAUAACAAGGAAAUAUAUUUUAAAGAAAAGGGAGAUCUGCCCAGCCCACUGGAAAUUGUAAACUGGAUAACACAAGUUGAAGACAAAAAUACCACGCAUUGGAGACAUGUGGGCCACUUUGAUGGAUCUCUUCCAGAAAAUCAGCAACUUACUCUCACACCACAACUGAUAUCAUGGAAACGUGACCAGGCCCCAAAAGGACGAUGUUCUGCAGAAUGUCUUCCAGGGUUUAGAAAAGCUCUAAGGGAAGGGUUUCACGUAUGUUGUUAUGACUGUGCUCCGUGUUCAGAGGGAGAAAUAUCAACACAUUCCGAUAGUGAAAUCUGCCAGAUGUGUCCUGAAGAUCAAUGGCCUAAUGAGGCUAAAAAUAUUUGUGUUGACAAACUUUAUGAGUAUUUGUCAUAUGAGAAGGACAUAAUGGUUGCAUUUUUUUCUGCAUCUUCAGUCAUAUUUUCUGCUGCAUCUCUCUGUAUACUUGGAAUAUUUUUUUGGUUUCGGAGCACUCCCAUAGUCAGAGCCAAUAACAGGAACCUCAGCUUCAUUCUGCUCUUCUCUCUCAUGCUGAGUUUCCUUUCUGUUUUCUUGUUCCUUGGACACCCGGUGGAUGUAACUUGUAUGCUGCAACAAGUCUUCUUUGGAAUUGUCUUCACAAUCUCCCUGUCUUCUAUCCUAGCCAAAACCAUCAUGGUUUUUAUUGCUUUUAAAGCCACCAGACCUGGAAGCUCCUGUAGGAAAUGGGUGGGAGUCAAACUUCCUAAUACAGUCCUGUUGUUCGGCUCAUUAAUUCAGGUUAUGAUUGGUGUUUUCUGGUUGUCCAUCUCUCCACCAUUUCAAGAGUAUGACAUGCACUCUUCUCCUGGGAAGAUCAUGAUUCAGUGUAAUGAAGGGUCAGUUAUCGGGUUCUAUUCUGUGUUGGGUUAUAUGGGGCUUCUGGCAGCUGUGAGUUUUGUUCUGGCUUUCAUGGUGAGGACAUUACCAGACAGUUUUAAUGAGGCCAAGUACAUCACCUUCAGCAUGCUGGUCUUCUGCAGUGUCUGGAUUGCCAUGAUCCCGGCUUAUCUGAGUACCAGAGGAAAGUAUACAGUGGCUGUGGAGAUAUUCGCUAUACUGACCUCCAGUGCUGGAAUAUUAGCCUGUAUAUUUUUUCCAAAAUUGUAUAUUCUACUUUUUAAACCUGAGCUGAACACAAGAAAAUCCAUGCUGGCAGGAAGAAUGAUAUAA